AUGUUCAAGGCAGAAACAACUGAUACUAACAAACAACGUGGUGAAUCAGUUGAUCUAAAUGAAAAUGAUUCCCUUCUUAUUGAUAUAUCCGAUGCAUUAUCAGAAAAAGAUAAAGUCAAAUUUACUGUUCAUACGAAAACAAAAUUAGCUGUGUUUAGUGAACGUGAAUUUACCGUGUCUAGACAACACGAAGAAUUUAUAUGGUUACAUGAUCGUUAUGUUGAAAAUGAAGACUAUGCAGGUCUCAUUAUUCCACCUCCACCACCACGACCAGAUUUUGAUUCAUCACGAGGAAAAUUACAAAAAUUAAGUGAUAGUGAAGGUAGUAUAACGGCAGAAGAAUAUGAAAAGAUGAAACAAGAAUUAGAAGCUGAAUAUUUGGCAAUGUUUAAGAAAACUGUUAGUGUUCACGAAGUAUUUUUACAACGUUUAGCUGCACAUCACGUGUUACGGAGUGAUAAUCAUUUUCGUGUAUUUUUAGAAUAUAAAGAAGAUUUGAGCGUACGUGGAAAAAAUGCCAAAGAACAAUUAAGUGGAUUUUUUAAAACAUUAACGAAAACAGCUGAUGAGGUCUUUUUGGUCAACCAGAAAGACCAAGAUGAAUUUUUUGAACGUCAAAAACAAUUUUUAAUUAAUUAUAAUGCAAAAAUAAAAGAUGCUACGAAUCAGGCUGAUCGAUACACUCGAUGUCAUAAAAAUGUUGCCGAUCAGUAUAUAAAAAUUUCAGCAGGUUGGAAUGCAUUAGCUACAACAGACAAAGGCGAUUUAUCAAAAUAUUUACUUAUAUUAGCUGAUUUAUUUGAAAAAGCUCGAAAAUUAGAAUCUCGUGUUCAAUCGGACACUGAUUUAAAAUUAUCUGAUACGUUACGUUAUUAUUUGAGAGAUAGUAAAGCAGCAUUAGACUUGAUGUAUCGACGUUCACGUUGUUUAGCCAAUUUUGAUACAGCAAAUAAAAAUUUAGAUAAAGCACGACAAAAAAAUAAAGAUGUACAACAAGCUGAAACAACCCAACAAACAAUAAAAACAAAAUUUGAAAAUUUAUCAGAAAAAGCAAAAGAUGAAUUGAAUGACUUUAAAACACGUCGUGUACAAAUGUUUAGAAAAAAUUUAAUUGAAUUAAGUGACUUACAAAUUAAACAUGCAAAAGCUCAAAUUCAAAUGAUUCGAAGUAUUAUACAACAAACUGAAACUGCCGGAUCGUCUAGUUAG